GUGUUGGGACUAGAUAGACGAUAGUAUUUGUGAAUUGAGUCAGUCUUGACGCCUCUGUAGUUGCUGUUAUAAUCCAUGUCCGAGUCACGAAAGAUAUAAAGGAUUUAAUUGCUUUAACAAUGGACUCAAGGUUAAUAUGGACUCCACGAAAUAUAAGUGACAUUUGUAAAGAUCAACGAGCUCCAUUGACGUCAUGUUCAUCUACUGGUCUUGUAUAUUUAGCCUUACUAAUACGUCUGUUUGGUGGUGUAACAUACAGUGUGUCGUAUCCUAAAAAGAAUCCGUAUGAUAAAUAUAGUAAUAAGGUUUCUAAUCUAGCAUUUAGUAAUGAAGAAACUGAGUAUAACAAUCCAGUGAAACCUUACAAUCUUAAUUUUGACUAUCAGUUUUUACAAGGGAACCAUUACAAACAAUCAAGAAGAAAGCGCAACCAUCAGGAAUAUUUGUAUGAUACUAUCAUUCAACAUCCUCCAUCAUCAAGUUAUAAUGAACUUCAUCCACCUGAUACUAAUUAUAAUAUUCUUAAAGAAGAUUUAAAUAAAGCACCAGUGAUAAUAGAAAAGAAAAAGAAAAAAUCUAAACGAAAAUGUAGAAGAAAAAAGGAUGAAUAUGACUUCAUUAUAGUUGGCGCAGGAUCCGCAGGCUGCGUUGUUGCCAACCGAUUAUCAGAAAUUAAGAAAUGGAAAGUACUUCUGAUAGAGGCUGGUCCUGAAGAACCUGAUGUCACUAUGGUGCCAUCAAUGGCUACAGCGCUUAAAGGCUCAAACAUCGACUGGAACUUUAGAACUCAACCAGAGAAACUAACGUGUAGAUCAGCCAGAGGGCAAAGUUGUUCAUGGACAAGUGGUAAAACAAUGGGUGGUUCCAGUUCUGUCAACUUCUUGGUUUACAUGCGGGGAAACAGGCUCGAUUAUGACAAUUGGGCACGACUGGGUAACCACGGCUGGAGUUAUAACGAGGUACUUCCUUAUUUUAAGAAAUCUGAAAACCACCGAGACAUUGGAACUUCUCACAAAUACUAUCAUGGAGUUGGCGGACCACUUAACGUAGAGAGAUAUUCUUAUACUGAUAUAAACACAAUUAUGUUAGUGGAUGCAUUCAAAGAAAAAGGAGUGGCAUUAAGUGAUUUAAUAGCACCAGACAAUUUUGGAACAAAUAUAGCUUUUUCUACUUCUAAAGAUGGCCAAAGGUGGUCUACAAAUGUUGCAUUUAUUAAACCAAUACGCAACAAACGUACAAAUUUAAAUAUAAUAAUGAAUGCUCAUGUCACUAAAAUAAUCAUAGAUAAAGCAACAAAAAUAGCUCGUGGAGUAAAAUAUAUGAAGAACGGAAAGAUUUAUCAAGCAUAUGCUAGAAAAGAAGUUAUUAUUAGUAGUGGUGGAAUCAAUUCUCCAAAAUUACUUAUGGUUUCUGGUAUUGGACCUAAGGAGCAUCUAGAAAAUUUAAAUAUAGCAGUUUUAGCUAAUUUACCCGUUGGCAAAAAUUUACAGGAUCAUGCAUCUACAGAUGCACUUAUUAUAUCACUGUCAAAUAAAACUGCAACAUCUGUUACGUCUCAACAAUUGUUAAAUGAAGUUAAGAAAUACAAAAAACAACACCCAAAAACUGGACCGUUAGCAUCUACUAGCAUCCUGUCAAGUGUCGCGUUUAUAAAAACUAAGUAUGCCGAUGAACAUGCACCAGACAUACAAUUUCAUUUCGAUGCAAGAAAUGUUAAAGAGUUUUACUCAGAUCCCACAACUUAUUUGGGAACCAGCAUUUUCCCAUUUUCGUUCUACGAUGGCCUUGCAGCUAGACCAAUUUUAUUAGUACCUAAGAGCAGAGGGCACAUUUUGCUGAACUAUACGGACCCAGUUUAUAGUCAACCGUUGAUUUAUCCGGGAUUUUUCACAAAUAAAAUCGAUGUAGAUGUACUGGUGGAAGCGAUGCGAUUUGUUGUAAGUUUAGAAGAAACUGAAAUAUUUAAAACUCAUGGUGCUAGAUUUGUCAGAAAACCAGUACAAGGCUGUACAGAUUAUGAGUGGGGGACAUAUGAUUAUUUCUUUUGUCUACUUAUACAAUAUACCACUACUAUUUAUCAUCCUUCGGGCACAUGUAAGAUGGGACCUGUGUGGGAUAAAGACGCAGUUGUAGAUCCAAGAUUACGUGUGCAUGGCAUCAAAAAUCUUAGAGUAGUCGAUGCGUCAAUAAUGCCUGUCAUAAUAAGAGGAAACACAAACGCACCAACCAUAAUGAUCGCUGAGAAAGCUUCAGAUAUAAUAAAAGAAGAUUGGUUAGAGCACAAAAUAAACAUUGAAUAA